AGAAGCCGAUGCUUAUAGAGGAAGCCCGGCUACCACCACGCCAACGCGCUCAUUUCGUUCAUUCUAGGGUUUACAACUCACGACCUCCGCCGCCGCCGCCAUGGGACACUCCAACGUGUGGAACUCGCACCCCAAGAACUACGGCCCCGGAUCCAGGGUUUGCCGUGUUUGCGGCAACCCGCAUGGCUUGAUCCGGAAGUACGGGCUCAUGUGCUGCAGGCAGUGCUUCCGCAGCAACGCCAAGGACAUUGGCUUCAUCAAGUACCGUUGAAAGUUGGGAGCUCAAGUGGAAUGGGAGCUUAGAUCGGGAAAAUUUUUAUGGAAGUGUAAAAGCCUUGUCGAGUAUUAUCCCUUUUGAUACAAUUGUCGUCUUAUGAUAUGUAACAGAUUAUUGAUAUUUGAAAGUGAGUUAUGGUCUGAUGGACAAUACAUGUUCUGGUAUUAAUUCUCAUAUUAUCGAGCAUGUUCUAGUGCUGUAAUAGAAGAUGAUUAUAUGCUAUCUUGAGUAGCAAGCUUCCCUUAUUUCUGA